AUGUUUGGCAGGAGACGGAGAAAUAUUGUAGACAGUGAAGAGGGCGAUGGAUGGAGGCCAAUUGUACUAGACUUGUCACAGUGCCAAUGGCAGGCGUGCGGGCGGCAAUGUGGCGUCUUUGACCCCUCAAGUACCCAGAGCCACGGGACUCCCGAACCGGCAGGCGCAAUUGAAUGCUCUCCUGCAUCUGCAUCUGCAUCUGCAUACCCUACAUGGAAUGAAGACACCACACCGGAAGGUCGUGGAUGGCGACUCCAGAGCGCAGUGCACCCCACCGCCAUGCUGCCAACCGGCUCCUCGACCAAGGGCUGUCAUUGGGUGCAGCGUAGCACGCCCACAUGGACAUGGGAGCGACUACGUGUAUGGAGAGAGAGUGUGCAUGUGGUGGUAAUUGAGGAUGCAGUGCUCCAUGGGCAAAGUGUCGAGAUGCUGAUGGGGUCCAGAAGGGCACCACAGGCCGGCCGUCAUGUGGCGGUGAUUGUGUGGUGCAGAUGCGGCAUGGCCCAACAGGCAGAGGCUCCACCGCAGCGAAUGGCAGGACGGGGCGAUGGCUCGCGCGAUAAUAGCAGCACAGACGCCAGGCGUGCGACCGAUCGCGAUGACGCCAAGCGCCGGUCUCGCGUUCCGAGGGCAGGGGGGGAGGGGGAAGGGGGAAGGGGGGAAGGGGGGCGUCAGGCUCGUCAGGCUGGCCAGGCUGACCACGACUGUGUGUUGCAAUGGGCAGAGAGGACGACAACCAUGGCCUGCUGGCUGGACGGCCACUACAGAGGAUGCAGAUGGCGCAAACGCCUGUUGGCAGGCGGCCAUGUCGGCGCUGAGGGCACCACGGCCAGACACAGCAGCGAUCGGCUGGGCUGUUGUGGCCGUGGCCGUCUCCAGACAAGCGCUCGGUUCCCCGUGUCCUUGAUCCGCCCGAGCCGGCAUGGACCAAGCGCGGCCAUGGCAAAGUGCGUCUCCCCUCUGCCCUUCUCCCCUCUGCGAUUAGUAGCCAGCAUGCGCCUGGCGAUCGGCGUUGUCCACUCCAGGCCUAGCCAGCCUGACGUGAAUCCAUGCUCGAAUCACCCAAGCGGGGAUGCACUCUAG